AUGUCUCCGGUCAGCAGCUCCCAGACAGCGCAGGUAAUCACUGACCCACAGAGCUGACUCUCUAACCCCUGACCCACAGAGCUGACUCUCUAACCCCUGACCCACAGAGCUGGCACUCUAACCCCUGACCCACAGAGCUGGCACUCUAACCCCUGACCCACAGAGCUGGCACUCUAACCACUGACCCACAGAGCUGGCACUCUAACCCCUGACCCACAGAGCUGGCACUCUAACCCCUGACCCACAGAGCUGGCACUCUAACCCCUGACCCACAGAGCUGGCACUCUAACCCCUGACCCACAGAGCUGGCACUCUAACCCCCUGACCCACAGAGCUGGCACUCUAACCCCCUGACCCACAGAGCUAUGGCAGCACCCCAACCCCCGACCCACAGAGCUGGCACCUAACCCCUGACCCACAGAGCUGGCACCCCCAACUCUUCUGACCCACAGAGCUGGCACUCCCCAACCCCUGACCCACAGAGCUGCACUCUAACCCCUGACCCACAGAGCUGGCACUCUAACCCCUGACCCACAGAGCUGGCAGCACUCUAACCCCUGACCCACAGAGCUGGCACUCUAACCCCCUGACCCACAGAGCUGGCACCCCCAACCCCUGACCCACAGAGCUGGCACCUAACCCCCUGACCCACAGAGCUGGCACUCCAACCCCUGACCCACAGAGCUGGCACUCUAACCCCCUGACCCACAGAGCUGGCACUCUGACCCACAGAGCUGGCACUCUAACCCCCUGACCCACAGAGCUGGCACUCUAAUCAAGCCAUGUCUCCGGUCAGCAGCUCCCAGACAGCGCAGGUAAUCACUGACCCACAGAGCUGACUCUCUAACCCCUGAACCACAGAGCUGACUCUCUAACCCCUGAACCACAGAGCUGGCACUCUAACCCCUGAACCACAGAGCUGGCACUCUAACCCUUGACCCACAGAGCUGGCACUCUAAUCAAGCCAUGUCUCCGGUCAGCAGCUCCCAGACAGCGCAGGUAACCCCUGACCCACAGAGCUGGCACUCUAACCCCUGACCCACAGAGCUGGCACUCUAAUCAAGCCAUGUCUCCGGUCAGCAGCUCCCAGACAGCGCAGGUAAUCACUGACCCACAGAGCUGACUCUCUAAUCCAGGCACAGGUAAUCACUAACCCACAGAGCUGACACCCUAGGUUUUAUGGAAAAAUAAUGCUCAAACUAUAUAAAUAUUUAUUUUUUUCAUUGUUGCCGUGGUAACUCGGUAACGUUAAAUGAUAAGGAAGUGUUUGAUUGCUGCGUUUGCCGGCUGGAUGUCCCCGUUGUUGCGAGACGAGUUCUAUAUUACGUACUUUCUGUUCCAGGCGCUUGUCACCUUCGAUGAUGUCGCGGUGUAUUUCACGAAGGACGAAUGGGGUUAUCUGGAUGGGACACAGAAAUCGCUUUACAAAGACGUGAUGAAGGAGAAUUAUCAGAUGAUCCUGUCUCUCAGUAAGGAUCGCGUGUACUGGGACAGCUUGCUGUUUUAGCUGUAUGUGCGCUUGUAGGCAGAUUACUCUUUGUAAUGUGUGAACACACGUUGGUCUGUGUGCUUUGUGUCCGAGAAGCAUGAACAAGUCUUUUUAACGCUUUACAAAAAACAUAAUUAUAGAAAUCCUAAACAAUCCCAUUAUUAAUAAAUGUUUAAUGGUAGGAGCACUGUAGACUUCUCAACAUUUCAUAUGUGAACACUCCAAGCACCAAAACAACUGCAGUCUGUUGUAGUUACUAUAGUGCCAGAAAUUCCCUGUCACCCUACUUGGGUAAUUGGUUUGGCAUCAUACCUGGGACAUCCACCGGGCAGCCACCGGUGUCUACACACAGCAGUCGUGCUUAUCUCAGUGGGACUCACCGAGUUCAUUUAAAUCCCUUUGUUUUUACAGCUCUAGUCACACCUUCCUACAAGUGACUUACACAGCUUUCCUAAACACUUCCUGUGAAGAGAGAUCUAAUGUUUACACUUCCUUUAUUGCACAUUCUGUUUAAUUUAGAAUUUAUUAUCUCCUGCUCUGUUGAUAGCCUUCUAGACCCUGCAGCAGUUUCCUGUGUGUGAUUAAAGUUUAAUUUACAGAGCAGGAGAUACAAACUUCUAAAGCAAGUUAACAUCUGAUUGAAAAGAAAACCAUUUUUGUUUUCAUGCAGGCUGUAUGGCUAGAGCUACUUAAACAGUAACAAAAGUGAUUUAACUACUAAAUGUCAGAUAAUUGAGCAGUCAGACUGCAGGGAUGUUAUCUAUACACCAAAACUGCUUCAUUAAACUAAAGUUGUUGUGGUGACUAGUAUCCCUUUAAUGUAAAUAUUAUCUUUUUGAAUAAAAAAAUAAAAUAAAAAGUAAUUUGUAAAGUUCAAGUUGUCUUUCUGACUUGUCUGUGAUCCCAUCUCUGGCACUAGGUUCUGAUCUGACCUUUCAGAGAUCUCGUCACUUCCCUCCCUAGCUAUAGAUCGUGCCAUCUUCCCAUGUGACUAUUGGUUGUCCUGUCCACUUUCACAUUAUAUCUUAUUCCUCAUGUCUCUAUGUAAAUGUUGUCCAUUAAACCCUCUCUGUUCGUAUCUAAAUAAUUUGUUAAUAAAGCUAAAAGUCAAAUCCAUUUGUUUCUCAGCUCUAACUGAAACCUUCUUUUCCUGUACAGGCCGUCCGGACAUUAUAUCUAGUAUUGAACUGGGACACGAGCCUUAUAUCAGUAGCCCCGGUGAUGACCUGGAGUGUGACUGGCAGGGUAAGCUUCACAUUGAAUCUAAAUUCAUCCCGAUAUCUGACCUGGGACCAUGA